AUGGACCCUGAUGGGUUUAGUGGAUGGUUUUACAAAUGUGCAUGGAAUAUAAUUGGUGAAGAUUUUAUCAAAUCCAUUCAAUGUUGUUGGUCAAAAGGCUUCAUCCCUACUGGUAUGAAUUCCAAUUUCUUAAUGCUUCUUCCUAAAGUUAAAAAUGUUAAGAGAGCAAAUCAAUAUGGACCAACUGGUCUUAUGAAUUUUAGAUUUAAGGUGAUUACAAAAGUUAUUACCUCCAGACUGAGUUUGAUAAUGGAUAAAUUAAUCUCUCAUCAACAAGGAGCUUUUAUAAAAGAAAGGAAUAUACAAGAGCAUAUUGUACUUGCUUCUGAAAUGGUGAAUGAACUUGAUAUUAAAAGAAGAGGAGGCAAUUUUGGGCUAAAGCUAGACAUAACACAAGCAUAUGACUCUCUUAAAUGGGAGUUCUUAUUUCAAGAUAUGAAGGCAUUUGGAUUCUCAGUUAAUUUUGUUAAAUGGAUACAUAUUUUGCUCAAGUCUGCUAAAAUUUCUGUGUCGAUUAAUGGUGGGCCUGCUGGUUAUUUUGGUGUGAGUAGAGGACUCAGGCAGGGUGACACAUUAUCACCAUUAUUAUUUGUCAUAGCAGAGGAUGUACUCAGCAGACAAUUGAUCUCAAUGGUUUUAAAUAAGACAUUGACUCCAAUGGUCAACAGAAAUAGAGUGCAACCAACACACAUCUUUUUUACUGAUGAUAUAUUCAUUUUUUGCAAUUGUGAUAAAAUAAAUGUAAGAAGGCUGAUGCAGAAACUGAAUGAGUAUCAAAGAUCAUCUGGACAAAAUAUCAGUUUAACAAAGAGCAAGUGUUUUAUUGGGGGGGAAAGUGAAAACAGAAAAUUGCAUGUAGAUGCAGAAUGCAACAUUUCUCUAGUUUCCUUCCCUGACAAGUAUUUGGGAGUAACUCUAGUUCCUGGGAGCAUCAAAUAUACUCAUGUUUGGGAAUGUGUAGAAUAUCUUCAAGAUAAACUAGCAGGCUGGAAGGGACAAUUAUUAUCAUUCCAAGAAAGAUUGAUUCUUGUGAAAUUUGUCUUAAGCAGCAUCCCAAUUUACAAUAUGUCUGUUUAUAAAUGGCCUGCAAGAGUGUUAAAAGAAUGUGGUUUGGACAUUAGAAAACUUGAAGUUAUCAAUAAAGCUCUUUUAAUGAAGCUCUACUGGAAGAUUCUCAAUGGUGAAGAAGAGUGGGAAAAAUUAUUUCAAGCAAAAUUUAAGAACAUCAGAGGAGAGUGGAUAACUUACUACAAGAAAUCCUCCAUUUGGCCUAGUAUAAAAAUGAUUAUAAAUGAAGUAGAGCACAAUACAAGAUGGCUAGUAAGUGAUGGCCAACAAAUCUCAGUUUGGCAAGAUACAUGGAUAAAAGACAGACCUCUUUGUGAAAUAUUCCCAGGAAAUCUUCUUAUGCAGACUAAUCCCAAUAUGAAGGUAGCUGAACUCUUAACCAAUGGUGAAUGGAUUGUGCCUCCUGAGUUUUCACAAUUUUUUGGUGCAAAUGAAUUGCUUGUUGCUGACAACACAAGUGACAGAAGAAUUUGGUGUGGCUCCUCUACAGUUAGGUCAGGGGAAGAAAGAGAUGAAGAACAAGGCUACAAUGAAGUAGAAUCUGGUGGUGACAAGACUAAUAGUGGUGCUCAGCUGGUGGUGUUUGACUAG